CCAUAAUUCACCAAACCACAAAGUAAUUAAAUCAUGUCUUUCCACAACCUUGGUCUCCGCAUGGGCAGCGUCUCAAGCACUGUAUUCGCCGCCCAAGGUGUGUUCCUUCUCGGAAAUGCAUUUUACUCCAUCCUGUUUCCAUCAUCGGUCGCCCACUUCGAGGGCUCGUCAUUGACCGGAACGCCUGAAGGCGCUGUUCAAUGCAUAGGUCUGACCUCUCUUGCGCUUGGCACAUACUAUCUUAUCUCGACAUACCAGCGCGAUACUCUGAUCAUGGUCUCUUCGAUACCUUCUCGUCUGGUGGCAGCGUGGGUCAUGUAUCGGAAUGGCGGCAAUUGGAGACCGGUUGCGGCUUUUGAAACUUCAAUGGCCGUGUUGGCUGGCGCGGCACUACUUUGGGACCGGUACAUGUGAGAUGAGGGUGCAUAGCGGAAAACUUGGACGAGCGUU